AUGGCAUUCCCAACGCAAGACCCGAUCGUGCUGAAGAUGGUACACCACUCACAAUCUCAUAUUGAUCUCAUUUUAUCUACCUUUGCGCUAUUGUCUGUUAAUCAAAAUCAGACGAAGGUGUUGGACAUGGGAGUUGGAAAUGAACCUAUCGAAGUUCCUCGAAAGUGUGCUGAUGUGCUUGAGAUCGUAGCUCAUCAGCUUAAGCUUUAUCGGGAUAUCGCCAGUGUACUGAUCAAGCUCCCAAAAGCUGCCCAUAUCGACGAGCAGAUCAUGUUCUAUCUAUCUCUCGCCACAUAUUUGGCUGACGUAAUCUAUGGAUUCAUCGGCGAGGUGAAGCAAGAUGGGCCGAAGGCUAAAUCAUCUAAGUGGCGCUCUGCGCAUCUUGAUUUUCAUAUUGCACUGGCAUUACAAAAUAGUGCAUUUACUCCGGAACAUCAGAAGAUUGCACUUAAGAAGAUGAAUCGUACAUGGGCUCAGUUUAGAGAGAAGAGAGUUUACAAGAAGAUCCUAGCGCUGACAUAUCAAGGGUUACACAAGUUAUUGUGCGCAGAUGGGGAAGACAUGUGUGGUGGUACCUUUGAACACAAGCUCUCGACGGAUGGUAUAAUAUCCGAAUUGCUGAAAAGCAUCCAGCAAGUUCCGCACGCACCAGAGACCGCUGACAACGCAGACACAGUUGUUCCAGUCAAGGGCUCCACUCCAGCAUCUGAGGUGCAAAUGAGUCAACGGCCUAGGGUACAAGCAACCGUUGAACCAGUUGCGUCUUCCAUGCAUAAGGAGCGUGCAUCUAAGUUGAAAUACGCGGACAAACAUGGAACUAGCAAGACAUCUGCGACGAUCGCUGUGACAGGUACGGUUCUGUCAGACAUGGACGCUGAGGGGGAGCAGAGCGAUAGCGCAUGCAUUGCAAAUGUAUUUGAAAUACAGGAAGAUGCGAAAAAGUCAACAAAGGGCCGUAAGGCAAACCGCAAGUCGCAGCCAGCGAAAGGAAAAGGGAAGGGGAAGAAGAAGGCAGCCAAACAACAAAUGCCCCCAAAGGACGAUAGCGAUGAUGAAUUAGGUGCUAGUGAGUCUAUAACACGAUCAGCUUCGCAGCCGGCGAAAGGCAACGGCAAGACGAACAAGAAGGCAUUUAAACAGACAUUGUCGCAAAACGAUGAUGGCGAUGAUGAAUUAGAUGCUAAUGAGUCAGAUGUUGCACAGUCAGCUUCGGAAAAAAGGACUAUUAAGCUCACGGGAUUAAAUCGGGUGCUGGCGGAAGACUCCGCUGACGAUGAAUGGCGCCCAUUGGCUCACAAUACUUCAGAUGCUGGAGAGUCAGCUAUGGCGAGUCAUUCCUUACUCUAUUAUCCACUGUCACAGACGUCUCUCCUAGCUACUGACGAUGAUGAAAAGUACCGGUCUGUUAGUAAUGAUUCUGACAUUCUCCGGAGGAAGAUGAGGACAGUUAACGAGGCUGACUUAGAUCCCAAUUCACUCCCACCUAUAUUAGGCGAUUGGCCCACAUGGAACAGGAUCGCAUUCGAGCGGGGAAACUCGCAAGUUUUUCUGAAGCUCGGCACCUGGAUGCUCCUGCGAUUUAGACAGCUCGCACUGCUUGACAUGGAUGGUGAUGUCGAUGGAGUUGUCAUUCCAGAAAACCCCCGUACAAUGGCGUUUGAUAGCGAAGAUCAAUUCCUUGAAGCACUAGGGAUGGAACGACUGUAUUCUGCGAUCGUCCACAUGGAAUCCCGCCCUCGCUUCCUCAGUCACCUCUUCCACUCUCUUGGGACGUUAGCUCAUACUUCUGACAUCGGGGAGAGUAACCCGAGAUUCUGGUCAAUUAGCUCUCCACCGCCCGUUAUUUCAAGCAUGAUGUCAGAUAUGGACAUUCCAUGGUUAUCUGUGAAAGGCGAAGACACAGAUGUCGCCGAUGAAUUUGACGGAAUGGUCAUAGGUGACGAUGAUCAGCAUCGUGACAUGGAACUAGAUCAGAGGCCUACAAAGCGUAAGCGAACAUCUUCCAUCGCAUCACCGCCAAAGAAGGAAGGUGGUCGAGGUCCUUCUAAACGUCCGAAGGAAAUACCUUCUCCCGUGCCUUCUGAAUCUCCCUUGCCUGAUACCAUCGACGAGAUGCUUGUAACGGAAACGGAGGUCGCUCAUAUGUCAACAUCAGCUAUUGCGUCCGGUAUCACACCUUCUGACACUCCUUUACACGAUUUGACAUCACUUCCAUCUGACGCAAACGAAGAUGACGUCACGAAAUCACAAUUCAACGAGGACAAUAUCACUUGUCCAGCACCGUCAAACGACCAAUCAUUAUUGUCGCAAGUGUCCGAUGUAAUCAUGGACAUUGACACCUCUAUCACGUCUAUUCCGACCGAGAUUCAGAUAUCUCACGGUGACGAGGCCUUGGUGGAUGUCGCUGAUGCUGGAUCAUCGUCCAUCACUCCCACACAAGUGAUCCUCCCAUCCCAGCCGACGAUGGACGAAGACUCAGAUCGCCCGGACUGUCGUAACAAUACACGCCACUCUGCUCUGAACCAUCGCUAUUCUUCCAGCAAAGACAUGUCUAACUCUGAUAAUUCGACCUUUGAAACCCUUGAUCUCACUACCGGAGUGUUAGGCAGCCAUGUCCCAGAGAAUAGUCCGACCAUCAAAUGGAAGGAUGGACAUGUGACCAUUCUUCCGGCGGUGUACAACGAGUCCAACGUAAAUGUUUGCGAGGCAGUCGAUAUACCAAUCAUCAGGUUUAUGGCAGAGUUCCCCAUUUCCAAACCUGGCUCCGAGGUUGUCAUCCACUUCCCACACGAUGCCCUUGCGCGCAAGGGUUUCUCUCAUGCUGUCGGCUUAGGACUCAGCCAAAACAAGCCAGUCGUUAUUAGAGGCGAUAGACGCCAGGAACGUUGCAAAGAUCUCUCAGAAGAUUACUUGCAUGAUACAUUCGCCAUCUCACCGCGUCGACCUGUGUGCAUUCAUGGUAAUGUCUUGAAUUCUUCUGCAGACAACCAUGUUACCCCUACAUCAUCCGGCACGAUACAAUCAUUCAUCCUAUCGAUGACUGAUGAGACAAAGAUCCAGUGUAUAUUGGAUCUAUCCCUUGCCCAAGCCGUCCUUCCGGAGCCACUGAGGUAA